CCGCGCAGCGACUGGGCUUGAACUCCAGUCGAAGAAGAAGAAGGCGGAGUCUUAACUUAUUAAAAGGAACUCACCAAGACUCGAUCGCAAAUAUGAUGAUGAUGUCUCUGAACAGCAAGCAGGCUUUCGCCAUGACCCACACCAGUUUGGCCGAGGCCAAAUACUCCAGUUUGCAUUCCUCGUCCUCUUCCACUUUGACUUCCAACGCGCCCUCGUCCUGUUCGUCGUCCAGACACAGCAACACGAUCAGCAGCGGCAGCUCCGAGGCGAUGCGCCGAGCAUGUCUCCCAACCCCACCGAGCAAUAUAUUCGGCGGAUUGGAUGAGAGUUUGUUGGCCCGCGCGGAAGCUCUGGCGGCGGUGGAUAUAGUCUCGCAGACCAAAAGCCAUCAUCACCCUCCUCAUCACAGCCCCUACAAGCCGGACGCAACCUACCACACCAUGAACACGCUUCCGUGCACUUCCUCGUCUUCCUCGUCGUCCGUGCCCAUCUCGCACCCGUCAGCUCUCGGGAGCCAUCACCACCACCACCACCAUCACCACCAUCACCAGCCGCAUCAGGGACUGGAGGGCGACCUGCUGGACCACAUCACCCCGGGACUGGCACUUGCUGGAGCCAUGGCCGGGCCAGACGGCUCGGUGGUCUCCACGCCUGCGCACCCUGCCCACAUGGCAGGCAUGAACCACAUGCACCAAGCUGCCAUCAACAUGGCUCACGCCCAUGGGCUGCAAUCCCACAUGGGCUGCAUGAGCGACGUGGAUGCAGAUCCCAGAGACUUGGAGGCAUUCGCUGAGCGCUUUAAACAGCGUCGGAUCAAACUCGGCGUGACCCAAGCGGAUGUAGGGUCAGCGCUGGCCAACCUGAAGAUUCCUGGCGUAGGCUCUUUAAGCCAGAGUACCAUCUGCCGGUUUGAAUCUCUCACGUUGUCCCACAACAACAUGAUCGCCCUGAAGCCCAUCCUGCAAGCCUGGCUGGAGGAGGCUGAAAAGUCUCACCGGGAGAAGCUGAACAAACCUGAGCUCUUCAACGGGGCCGAGAAGAAGAGGAAGCGGACCUCCAUCGCGGCCCCCGAGAAAAGGUCCCUCGAAGCUUAUUUUGCUAUUCAGCCUCGUCCAUCCUCAGAGAAAAUCGCAGCCAUCGCAGAGAAGCUGGACCUCAAAAAGAACGUUGUGCGAGUUUGGUUUUGCAACCAGAGGCAGAAACAAAAACGCAUGAAAUACUCGGCCUGCGUCUAGCUCGAGCAGAAGACCAGCACGACGUGUCGAGAGACUCCUAAAACUGUUUAGAGACGAUUUGUAAAAUAUUUCUUAUCUCACACCUUUUUCAAUCAUCAAUAACUUGUGCAUUGAACCAGAAUUUCAUGACAUUCAAAAGAGACAUUUGAAAAUACCAAAUCACUGUCACGUAUUACGCAAAGGGGAUGUGGAAUCAUUUAAAGGAUCGUUUGACUGAUCAAGUAAGACCAUUCGUUUUUCCUCACUUAUUCCAGCACACUUUCUAUAGCAGAGGAGCGUGACUCUUUAAGCCUCAACCAGACAGACUGCCUGAAGCGAAAUAACAUAUUUUAGUCAUUUACCAGAAAGUGUUCUGUAUCAAGCUAUACACACAACACCAGUAGCCUAAUUAUAAACUGAUCAACCCUAAGGGGAGGGAAACUUCAGGUCAAAAGGGUGACAGUGUCUUGUCAAUGUUUUUUAUUUGAAAUAUUUAUUUCUCAGUAUGUCACGCUUCAAUCUGGUGUUACUUCAGGGUUCAUUAGAAA